UGCUAACGCUUCCACAUUCAAAGGAUCCACCAGGUCUGGAUUAGAGGAGAAGAUCAAUCAGAACCAAACAAUGUUCACUCUCAGAUCAUCUGAGAUCGGUGUGUCUUCAUCAGAUCUGGAGAAGUGCAUCACUGUCUCAGUAAUGGAUGUGAAUGGGUGCCGUCAGAAUGAAAGACUGAUAAAAACAUCUGAGUAAUCCAUCAGUUAACAUCUGGAGAAGAAAGAACCUCAAACUCAUCCAGCAUUAGUCCAUAAUAACUGUUCCUCCGGUGAUCCAGCAGUGUCUACAAAACAGCUUUAAACACACACAACAGGGAAAUUAGAUUAAAAUAAUACUAGAAACUUUAUUCUUGAUCUAAACGUUAUUGAAAUUCAGAUGAACAUCCAACUCGAACGUUUUAGUAAAAAGCAUUCAAUUAAUGUUAGGGAUAUAACUGGACCUUCUGAGAAUGUUUCGAAAUUGUUUAAACGAAGAAAACAACCCUUGUGUCUCUGGACUGGACUUCAAGCAGAUUUUCAUUUAUUUAAAGCAUUUGUGAGGAAACGACUUUCUCUCAGUUUAUACACAGUUCUCGGUCACAUCACCUGUUAUGAUCAAACGCGUUCAGUGACGUCACACACAUCUGGCUUUGAUCUCGCCGCGCUCUGAGUUCGACAGGCGGUUGCUAGGCCGGUUGCUAGGGACUCGGAGUUUCGGGCGCGCUUUCUUUCUGUUUCCGUGCAUUGAAGAGUCCGGAAAUCUGCGCAGUCAUACACAGCGAAUGAAGUCGAUCAGAAGACAUGGAGCACGUGAAGCUGCUGAGACGACCCCUGCCCCCUAAGAAGACAGCACACUACAGGACGCCCAGAGCCGCAGGCUCGGACGUGUUCUCUGUGGAUCCAGGUCAUGAUGAAGCGAGAGAGUCUGUCUGUGAGGAUGAUGAAGCUGCCUCUUCCUCCCAUCAUCCUCAGCGCUCCUCACCUGUUCCUCCACGGCCACGACCUCCUGACCUCUUCUGCCUCGAUGACUUCCUGCAGGCGAGCGGCUCAGAGGACCAGCUGAGGAGGACGGUUCUGUCUCGAUGGAACUACAGGAAGUUGCUGCGUCUCUUCCUGUCGGAGCUGCACCGCGGAGGUCAGGAGGCUGUAGCCAAUCAGACGCUGAGCGGCGAGGGUUUGUCUCCGCCCACACGCAGGAUUCCUCACAGACAGGUCGUGUGUGGUAAGAGAGCAUCGACCUUCAGCUGGAUCCCGGCGGGCGAGUGUGUUCUUCAUCUGUGUGUGUGUGUGUGUGUGUGUGUGUGUGUGUGUUCAGAGUUAGCAGCAAUGGUUCAGAAGGAAGCACGAGCUCAAAACUCCUUCAGGAAUCAUCCUGGAGUUUGUCGAGCAUCUGAAGAUCAAUCAGUGGAGAGACGGACGGAACACACACGACAAGAUCUCUACACAGUUCUUCUGAACUCUGUGACCAGCAAACACUUCCAGGAUUCGCGUCGCUCUCGAUCGCCGUUCCACCGAGACUUCAUCAGCGCUUCAGAACUGUCCGUCCUCGACUGCGCCACACGAGGAGGAAACACACUCAGCUUCAAGGCUCAUUUCAUCGCUGAUCUUCCUGAUGUGUCGUCACUGUCCGAGCGUCUCCAGCAUCUGAACCUGUCCUUCAAUCACUUCACACACGUUCCUCUAGAGGUGUGUGACCUUCAUCAGCUGCAGGUGUUGAAGAUGAGGAAUAACCCCAUCGAGGAGAUUCCUGCUCGAAUCUGCAAACUCUGCAAACUCCAGACCCUGGUCAUCUCCUUCUGCAAGAUCACACAGCUGCCUGACCAGCUGUACUCUCUGGCAUGUCUUCAGCAUCUGGAUGUGUCUUAUAACCUCCUCAGAUCCCUCAGCAGUGAGGUCAAACACCUGAGGUCUCUGAGGUCUCUGAAUGUUGAAGGGAAUCAGUUGGUGGCUCUUCCCGCCGGUCUCCUCCGUGUGUCCGUCUCGGAGCUCAGGAUGUCUGGGAAUUACACACACGUGUUCCUGUGGAGCGAGAACAGCUGCAACUCUCCUCAGACGCUGCUGCACACGGCUGCACACACACUCACACAACAACACUACACACACCUGCCACCCGCUGCACGGAUCCUCCUGAACAGUGCAGGUGUGUGUGAUGCCUGUAAUGGUGUGAUGUUCGGCGCGGGUCUCAAGCUCAUCCGUCCGGCUCCUGGAGGCUUCGGGCUCCCGAUUGUCCCGGUCAUGUUCUUCUGCUGUUCUCCCGCGUGUCUCCACAGAUUCAGGAAUCAACCCAUCACCGUUUGAUCAGACAAGAGAAGCUUUAUUCUACUGCAGCGU